AUGUUCCCUACCAUCGAUAAAAAAAGAGGAAGCAGUUUCGAAAACCCUGAACCGUCUUCCCCUAAAGUUACCUGCAUUUGUCAGGUUAGGAUGAAGAGUAAGAAGAAGCACACGAAAAAUCUGAGUUUAUCAAGACGACAAAGCACCGACGAAAGGAAUAAUCAGAGAUGGGUUCAUUUACCAUUGACGAUUUGUGAAGGUUUAAGAGCGUUUGGGUCUGAGGUAAGUUGUUUGUUUCCGUACCGGUCUUCGUGUUCUUCAAUGACGGCGAUAAAGAAAGAGGAAAAAAUGGUUGGGGAAAAUAGCCAGGGGUCUUGUGGUGCGGUGUUUGCACGGUGGUUGGUGGCAUUGCAGGGAGGUGAUGGAAGUGGAAGAGAUGCCAGUGGUGGUGAGAGAGUGGUUGAGUUAAUCGCCGGAGACGAUGAUGAUGAGAAUGAGGAAAUUGAUGAGAUGGGUAUUAUGAAUUCAAGAAGACAUGUAUUUCAAGACUUGGAGAUUGUAAACGACAUCGUCUUUGGGACAAUCGAUUAA